CCCAAAAUGUAAUGACAUUUAUUCUGAGUGACUGACAACUCCCACUACUUUUCCAGCCAUGGGCAUGUCUGUGGGUGUAGUACACCUGACUUGCAAUGAGCACAAAUGAAUGUCUCUGCUGUGUUGGUGGGCUUAAAAGAGCUCGCUGCAAAGACGUACAGUUCAUAUCUGUUUUAGGCAGAGACCAGCAAUGGCACAUCUUACCCUUUUCUCUCUUCUCCUUGUAAUUAUCUUGGUGUCCAGCGUUGCAUCUCAAGGUGGGAUAAUGAGUUGUUGUCGAACAACCUCAAACACUCAAACCAAUAGAGACCGGCUGAAGAGUUACUACAUACAAUUUCCACCAGCCUGUCAUCUGCAUGCAGUUGUAUUCACAACAGUGAAAAAUGUCAGAAUCUGUGCAGAUCCAGAGAAGGUAUGGACAAAGACAAGCAUGGCGUACCUAGAUGGAAAGAACUGGCACAUCCAGAAAUUCAUCUCAAAGCACCACUCAUUUGACGACCGUGGCUCAGCUGGUAGAGCAGGUCGUCCAAUGACCACAGGUCGUCCAAUGAAUGCAGGUCGUCCAAUGACCACAGGUCGUCCAUUGACCACAGGGUUGACGGUUUGAAUCCUGGCUCCAACUGUCCACAUGUCGAAGUGUCCUUUGGUAAGACACUGAACCCUACAUUUCUCUCAGUAGGGCCUGGCAGCAUCUUGCAUGGCAGCAGCCACCCACUGGUGUAUGAAUGUGUGUGUGAAUGUGAGGAAUUGUAAAGCACUUUGGUCACCAUGAAGGUGUAGAAAAUAUGCUAUAUAAGUUCAGUCCAUUUACCAUUUAUACAUCAGUACUCUUAAAGUAUCUUUCACUGGAAGCUCAUAAAACCCUCUACAACUGUUUGGAUAUGAAAGACUUUGAAUGUUUCCUGCAAAUAUGUGACCUCAUUUUAUUAAUGCCUAUUUUCUCAGUUUUCUUUCUUAUCAUAUGUGAUCCAGUUACAAAUAUAUAUAU